AUGACUACAACCGCAGCAAAACUACAACCACUCAUUGACGCAGGAACACACCCUGAGUCAUAUUAUGAUAAAUUAUUGCCGCCUUCCAACGCUCAACUAAGAAGAUGGCUGUUAUCGAUUAUUCGUAAAGAAACGAGUUUACUUAUCAACAUUCAGAAUUCAUUAAGUCACCCACUACUUGACUCGUUUUUCAUAUAUUCAUCCAUAUUGGGAACGCAUACAUUUUUCGUCUUACUUUUGCCAACAUUUUUUUGGUUUGGCUAUGGUUCAAUUGGGAGAGGUCUUACAUUAAUAACAACGUCAGGAGUUGUCUGUACCGGAUUGUUAAAGGAUUCAUUAUGUUUGCCGAGACCGUUAUCACCACCAAUCCGUCGUUUAUGUGUAGGAUCUCAUCAUUUAGAAUAUGGAUUUCCAUCAACACAUACUACAAACGCAGUAUCAAUUACGCUCUUCUUUUUAACAAAUAUAUAUGCAGUUGAAUCGAAUAGCUUGUUUUUUAAAUUUGUUGGUACAAUUUGUCUGACUAUUUAUUGUUUGAGCGUAGUUGUUGGUCGUAUAUAUUGUGGUAUGCAUAGCCUUAUAGAUAUAUUUGCGGGAUCAAUUUUGGCAAUAUUAAUUUGGUGGAUUCACUGGAGUUUUCAAGUUCACAUUGAUGCAUUUAUUAUGAAUGAAAGUUGGGGCGUUCCAAUUAUAGUAAUCGCGCUUGGAAUUUCCUUAGUUUGUAUGUUCCCUGAAGUUAUAGAUAAUUGUCCGUGUAUUGAAGAUUGUGUUGCUUGUAUAGGUGCAGCAGUCGGUAUGAUAAUUGGAAGCUGGAAUUUUUCAAAUUCUAGUUUCUCGAAUAAUGGUAAUGUUCCUUAUGAUUACAACUCUACUGGGCUUACUAUAACAAUCUUGCGUGUUAUUUUUGCUGUUCUUCCACCCAUUUAUAAAGCAUUGGAUCAAGAUAUUAUUAUUAAAAAAAAGAAUAUAGAUGAUGUAUCAUAUUUAACCUCAAAUGAACCUACCAAGAACCUUGUAAUUCCGCCGAUUGAUGUAACAAUAAAAUUGAUAGUCUACACAGGUAUAGGAUGGUUAGUUGUCUAUGCUAUUCCUGUAUUAUUUGAAGGUUUUGGAAUGGGAAUGUGUGUUAAAUAG